ACGUAGCACUAUGAACCAAGAAAAACUGGCCAAGCUUCAAGCACAGGUCCGAAUAGGAGGAAAGGGAACAGCUCGCAGAAAGAAGAAGGUGGUCCACAGAACAGCUACAGCUGAUGACAAAAAACUUCAGAGUUCCCUCAAAAAACUGGCUGUAAAUAACAUUGCUGGCAUUGAAGAGGUGAACAUGAUAAAAGAUGAUGGAACAGUUAUUCACUUCAACAACCCCAAGGUUCAGGCUUCCCUCUCUGCCAACACUUUUGCAAUUACUGGUCAUGCAGAGGCUAAACCGAUCACAGAAAUGCUUCCAGGCAUCUUAAGCCAGCUUGGUGCUGACAGCUUAACAAGUCUCAGGAAGUUAGCUGAACAAUUCCCAAGACAAGUGUUGGAUAGUAAAGCGCCAAAAUCUGAAGAUAUUGAUGAAGAAGAUGAUGAUGUCCCAGAUCUCGUAGAAAAUUUUGAUGAAGCAUCAAAGAAUGAAGCUAACUAAAACAUUAAUAGUUCUGGAAGCUGGCAUGGACUAGAUUUAAGAAAUCAGCUAUGUGGUUCCAAAGUUUUAAAGAAACAGAGAACAUCAUCUGUUAAUAGUUCAGUAAUAUAAAUAUUUUGUAUUUUUAUGAUGCUGUUUGUUCAGCAUUUUCUGUCAGUUGAUUUUGCAUUUUGCACUUACUCCCAGGAUCUACUCUUUUGGUCAAAAAGAAAUGUCAGUGCAGUUUGAGGGGUGUGUGUAUGUGUGUGGGUGUACGUAUAGUGGAGAACAAAUUGGACAACACAUAUUUAACCAUUUACCCUUUUCCUUUGGAAGUAGAAAUAAAAUGAAUCUUCAGCAUCAUUACUUUGAUUAUCACCAAUAGUGCACAGAGGGAGUUAAGAUGAACGUUUUGUCCACAUUUUGUGACCUGAAGGCAUUACAUACACCAUUAAAACUUGGGGUUAAUUUGCUGUAACUAUUGUACUUGCAGGUGUGUUUCUCAAUGUACAUACAUUUGUUAUCAACCUUGUGUUGAUCCCAGGAUUUAGGGGAGAUGAGCUGUUCUAGCGGCUUGUUUGGUACAGGAACUUUUUAAAAACUUGGUCUCAUCAAAGUGUGCUUUUUUUAAACCUUUUUCAAUUUUUUUUUGUCUUUAAAAGUUUUGAUACAAGCUGAUAUUUGACUCCUUCCAUGUAGACUCAGCAGUAUGUUCUCCUGUUGGUUACUAAAGUAUUUCCAGUCAAAAGAAAAACACCUUGGUUCUCUACUGUUGGGUCACUUGCUAAGCUUGCAGGUCUGGUUGGUAACGGUCCAGUGCACCAGUUUUGCACAGUAACAGGUUUUUGCUUGAAUAACUUCAAGCUGUUCUCUUGGCAUGACUGCAUUUACUAGCAGCUGAUGGUCCACUCUCAUUCUUAGGGCACUAGGAACUAAAUGCACUGUGUGAACAAUGUUUAGGGUGGGAGGAAAGAGUUGUUGACACUUUGCCUUGCUUCCUGCUGGGCAGUCUGUGCAGUGACUAGCUCUAAAGGGAUUUUUUCUUUUUUUCUUUUUUUUUUUUUGCCUGUAACUUACCUUGGCCUAUAACCUACCUCUAGGUUUGGUGUCAUCUAUGUAGUAGCUUCUUACAAAACACAAAUGCUCCUCAGGCAUAAGGAGGACAUUGGGAGGUACUGUUGGUACAGUGCAGUAUUUAUGACCUUUCUUUAAAAUGCUUAAUGUGAAGCCGUUUUCUCAGAGGCUCUUUCAAGGUUCUUGAUGUAAUGUGCAUUACAGUAGUUAGACAUCAUUGUAACCUCUGUCAAGGGCAGCUGUGGCUUACAAAAGCCACUUUGUUUUUAUUUUCCUCUACAUCUGUCACUUAACUAUGGCUUAAUUGGAACAUAUCAGCUUUUGGUGUAGGCUCAUAUGCUAGAGAACUGUAAUAGUACAAGCAAACAGUCCAUGAGUUCUGGAGACUUCAUGAACCCAGGGAAGUAGAGCUGUGGUGGUUUGGCAGCUGAACUCCUCGGUUCAUUUUCUAGGCUUCGUUCAGUUUUUCCUGUUAUAUUUUAUAUACUACGUGGAUCUUACUACAAAAUAAAAUAACAGUACAAAAGAGGAAAUGCUCCCUCCUGUGUGUUGUGUGCUCCUCCCACCAGCACUGGCUGAGGAAGGCAGGUGGAUGCAGCAGCUGUCUGAGACAGCCCUGCAUUCUUGGUGACCAAGGAAGAUGUGGGGCUAGGGAGGGUCCUGGUAGAGCUCCAGGAUUUCACACUCCCUAUACUCACUCCUAUUUUCUGUGUGGCUGAUCAGCUGCAGAUGAUUGGUUCUGUUUCUAAGGAGGGGUUGUCUCCACAAAUGUGUGCUCAGGCACAUGGAAUUGCAUUCUGCUGCCUGUGGGAGCCCAGGGAGCAGAGGAAGGACAUGAGGCCACAGGGAUUUGCAGUGUUCCUCCAUUUGCUUAAGAGGCACAAGUGAAGAACCUUUCCUGGUAGCAACUGCACAGAAAUGAUACAUGGGACAUCCUCUUCCUAAAUACUAAUCAGAUACUGAAAAUUCCUGCUUGUUCAUUCUGAUGUAGGGAAUAUGUCAAAAGGAAUUUUGUGAGAGACUAAAAGUAAGCCUUGGAAACAAUGAUUCCCUCAGUUUAUAUAGCUGAACUUUCUGAUUCCUACAAAAUACUGAUUUAGUUUUUGCUCUUGAAUUUACAUGUUAAACCCUCAAAUUUUUCCUGUGUUGACAACCAGUAAACCAACUAACUAUGCUAGCUUAUGUAGUUAUAUUAGCUUCAGUUUUUUUCACUGCCUCUGGAAACAGUCAACCACUUAUGAUUUGCUGCUGGAAAUACUAGAGCUUAUCAAUCAUUAAACUGAUUUUAAUUAAAAGUAGCCCAUAAAGGCUGUUGUGGGAAAAGCUCUUUUUCUUCUGUAUUUAUUCAUGGUAUAACACAAACAGUGUUUGUACAUGCUGAUGGAAAUGCAAGGUUACUAAAAAUAGUUUUGGGGAGUGUUGGUAAAUAAAAACUCCCCUCAUAAAGGUGAACACUAAGUUCUUUGCUUGGCUUGGAGCAUGGUAACCACCAUCCUUCUGAAGCCCUUGUGCUUACUUGCUCACUACUUAGCUCUGCUGAUGUAUUAAAGAUACUGCUGAUGCUACUGACAUGUUAAAUAACUUAGCAGUGCCUGGAAAGUAGGGAGAUGGAGCAGAAAGGAAAUCAAAAUAUCUCCUGGAUUGUAUGUGAGGGAAUCCAAGCUCGAGCAGUGAAAAUCAAAGAAUGGGCAAAUGUGUGAGACAGCAAACACUGACCUUCCCUUCCUGCCCUGGCUGCUGGUGCAUUUGUGUAGUUCCCUGGUUUAUGACUGGGAAAUUUGGGUCUGGCUGGCUUCUCUGAGACAGGAGAGGAGUCUGUAAAAACCUGCAAUUGUUUCAUGAUUUUCUCUGUGAAAGAGAAAAUGCUUGUGUGUGAUGGAUGCCAGGGUUACAACGCAGGCUGUGGGGCUGGAUUUCCCAUGCAGAGCUGGAGAACAAAGUGAAUUUACAGCUGGGAAUGUUUGUAGCUGGAAAGAGUUAAUAUAAAAGGGACAAUACAGACCUUGGAUUUUUUAUUUUUAGCUUUUGUUAUAUAGCAAUAGUUGAAGAGUGCACAGGAAUGAUAAGGAUGAAUUUAGAACUGCUGUGGAAAUAUGUUGAUAACCUACUCAUAUUUGUCAACUUUCCAUGGGAACUAGGAGUUGCUAUGAACUCCCUUCUGCCAGGAUCUUCACAAAUAAUGUUUUGGAUUUGGUGUGUACAAAAUGAGCUCUGGAGGUCUUACAGCUGAUUUAAUUAGUGAGCAGUGGGUUGAUUGACCAGUGUAUUUGUUAGCAGGAAGCCAUAAAAGCACAGUAAGGCUGUACUAUAAAUGAGAUACUCUACUGAGGAAGGUCUAGGAAGGAUCCUGAGGUUCCUUGGAAUCAGCACCCAUGCAGCUCUGGGCAGUAGGGAUUCACAGAGGGCUGAGCAAAGUGCCCCUUAGCUGGAGGUGAAUGAAUUCUUCCACUAGCACUGAGGAUCAGUCUGCUCAUAUUAUUCAAAGGCAAUACUAGUUUGUUCAACAAAGUGAGCAGUCUUUAUUGUGGGGAUCCAGAUUUCACUAAUGAAAUGAUCCCUGUUUUGUACUUGAGCAAAUGAAGUGGUGCAGAAGAGAAGCUUACCAGAACAGCAGCCAUAGCAGCUUCACAGGAGUGGCAGCACAAGUGCAGGGAAUGGUUAUUUGCCUUUAACUGCUUUCCCAUUAAUUUUUUUUUUAAUCCCUCCCUUUUAAAGACCAGUUUGCAGACACUGAAGAACUUAAUGGAUUUAUCCAGAAAUGUGAGGGCUGCAGUAUCAAUCUAGGAUUUGGGGAACAAGAGAAGACAUUUUUUCUAAAAUUGGUAGUCUUGGUAUGUUUGGGUGGAAGCUUGGGUUGGUAUCUAGAGCAGGGUUAUUGAGGCUUUCAUUUCACAUCCACCACUGUUACAGGACAAGAAAAAACAGACUUGUACAUCUUCCAGGGCCUUGGUUUGCCUUUAUUUCAGGAGUACUGCUCUGCCUCAUCUAUGUGCUUUGUAAAUUAAUGAAUAUCAAACUGGAUUUUCUUGAGAGAGCUACAUCUCUGUGCAAUUGGUAUAAAAAACUACUUCUGUGUGAUAAACACAUAGUAUUUGGUGGGUUCUCUGAGCUGUUGAAUUCCCUCUCACUAAGCAACAGACCCCCAGCUUGCUCAGAUGCUGCUUUUUUGUCAACUGUUACCUGUCAGAUUCUCACAUAUUAGACAGCAUCUCCUUGAAUUUUGCAUUGCAGGUAGGUUUUUUUGUAGCUAAGCUAAAUUAGUUUCUUCUUUGAAGUAAAAGGAGAUCAAGUGCUCAUUUGAGGUCUUGAAGUUGUUUGUGAUAUUUUUGUUGAAGUAUGAAUGCUAAGGCAAACAUAGAAACAAAAAACCUUAUUCCAAGGCCUUUUGACCUUUCAGUGCACAUUUCCCUGCUGAAUAAAAGGAGUUAUGCAACCCUCAUGCAUUUUCUUGCAACAUCCUUGUUGCAGCUAUAGUAACUGCUUAUGUCAAAAAGUAAUAUUAGAAAGUAUUUAAUGUAUUUUUAGAUUCUGUCUAAUGCAACUUAGCUGACAAAGAAGAGCCAGUGGUGUGAGACCAGCUCUCUCUACAGACAUUGGAAGUGUGGCACAAACAACAUUUUGAGAACAGCAGAUCUCAUUUUGAGGCCAUGUGUGAAGCUGGAAAUUUCCAAGCAAUGCAAAUUAUUGCCUGACAUAGGUAAGUGAAGAUGUAAAAUCCCAGCAGCUGUCAGCAGGAUGCCAGACCUUUGCACAGCAAGAGUGAAGUUCCCUGAAAAGCUUUCACUAAUCUCUGGCUUUUCUGCUGCCGGCAGAGCAAGGCUUUCACUUCCUUUGCUUUCCCAAACUGAUGUCUGAGGUCAGCUGGACCAGCUUGCUCUGAAGCUACAGGAGCCCAUCUUGUUCCCACUGAGCUUGAAAUUCCUGGGAGAUGAAGGUUAACCCCUGAGAGGAAGUGUUUGCAGGCAGGCUGGGUGGGGAUGGCCAGCAGCAGAGCAGCCUCCCAGGCUGGGCUGAGCUGGCCUUUGGCAAGGCACUGCAGGGCAGCCUGUGCUGCUGCUGCCAGGGUCACCCCGAGUUUGGGAAGGGGAGCCUUGGCCAUACUGAAGCCUUGGGUGAUGGUGCUGUCAGACCCUCCAGUUUCUGAACUUUCUGUUGUGAAAUGAGGAUUCUGUCCAGCUCACUCUGCCUGCACCAUGGGCAGCCCAGCAUGGCCUCAAUGCCCUCUGCCCCAGCCACCCCACUGCUCCACAGCUGCACAGCCCCUGUCAGCCUGUCCUGCAUGUCUCCUCCUAGGAAAACACUGAUUGACUGGGGCAAGCUGCUGAAGUUUUGAUGUUUCAUGCUGCAGGUUCUAUGUUCACUAAAAAUCACUUUUAAAUUUAACUGACUGAGGUAUUUAAUAUGGAAUUUCCACUUUUGUCACAAGAUCUAGUUUUAAAUGGUUUCUGAUACAUGUUGUUGAAUUGAAAAUAACUCUAGUUUGCUUACAGCAUUGCUAUAAUCUCCAGGGAGUAACAAUGCAACUGAAUUCCUGCUCUGUUCAUUUUGAAACCUUUGCUCUAUUGCUGGAGACUUGGCCUGCUCUGUGAUUGACACUUGUAAUUAGUGACAUUUUGCAUGCUUCUGAAAGAAUGCAAAUACAGCCUAAAAUAAUUUUUAUUUUGAAUAAGGAUUUCUUCCCUGUAUGUCCUAAGUUUCCCACAACCUGCUUCCACAGUUUGACUGAAAGAAAUCAGGUUUUCUCACAAUCUCCUGAUGGAUAUUUGAGCAAUUUGCUGAGCCUUCCUUCUGUUUUGAGACAAAAAUGAUGUCAGUCUUCUGAAAAACAGGAGAUGUGUUAUUUUCUAGUCUUUACUAUAUCACCUUUCAGCAGCAUGAUUUCAGUGUUGUUGUAAAUUAUUAACUUUUGAACACAGGGAUAUUAUUGCCUCUAACUCUUCUCCUGCCCUUUGAGUUACAGAGUUGCUUUCAUUGGCAGUGUGCACUGAGAAAUCAUGUUGGCCACUUGCAGCCCUGAAAUUGUAAUAGUUUAUCCCAUUACACGGUGAUUUUUCCAGCUCAGUUCUCCUGAGAACCUUGAAAUAGGUUUUCCAUAAAAAUAUUCCAGACACUCUUUUUUCUUUUAAAGGCUAUAGUCAGAUUUGAAGGGAUAAUCUAGCUAUUGUUUCUAGUGGAAUACAUGUUCUAUCCUGAUGAUUUUGUAAAUUAUAGGGGAUUUUUAUAGUGCAGUCUGGGUCCCUGAGAACCUGGUGAGUUCUUUGAACAAGCUUGCUUGUUCUUUGGCUACAAGCAGACAAACAUCAUUAGCAUCUUAACUGAUGGAAGCUCUUCCAUGAAAAAUGCACACAGUCUUACUGGUUUUAUCUGCACAAGCACCUCAUGGAUUUGCAGUAAACUGUAAUAAAACGUUUAGGUGUCUUCUACCUCCAUUUCCUCAGUGGCUCACAGAAGCAUCAUCAGGAAUGUUCACCCAUUGAGUUUGCCUUUGUGUGACUGCACUUCUGUCAUCUUCCUUUCUCUGUAGCUGUGGUAUUGUCUGAGAAACAGGACUACUGAAUUUGACUGCAUCACAGUGUGCUGAUACUUUCAGACUGCUCAGGGCCUCAUGUUCAUUAUGGUUCAGGAUGGCCAGUAUUUGUUGGAAAAGGAAAAAGGAAAGUAGUGACUACUCAGAACGAGAAUUCACUUGCAUUGAAUAAAUAUGGUGAGCAAUUAUUUUUAUUAGUUUCUCUAUUGAGACAUUAAUCUGCAUUGAAAUUUGUAUGAGAUCUGCCAUGGUUCGAUUUUUGCCCUUUUAUCUUAACACUUAGAUAAGCCAAGAUAAGAGAGAGGUGAUUAAAUACUUGUCCUCAAUUACUCCUGCCCCAUGAAAAAUUACUGCAGGAGGAAUUACAUGCAUUGGUCUACUUGCACAAUAAAAAUAAGCUUUAACAGUUGUUCCUACCAUAUUUAAGUAAUCCUGUUGCAAGUUUUAUACUUGGAAUGUCUCUCUGGUUUGAUAAAAGCAAAAUAAGACAGAUGUCAGAGAUGCCAAAGAGCAUUUUUCUUUUUCACCCCUCACUCUCUCCCCCAAAAGUGCAGCUUCUUGAUGUAUGUUCUGUUAUUUACUGUGCCCUGUUUAGUUCUGUAUCAUAGUCAAAAUUGUUUGCAAGGGUUCUGGCACUUUGAAAUGGGGUACCAGCCUUUUUUAGCAAACUCGAAGCAUUUAUCUGAGUGACUGCUGAGCUACAAACAUGAACAACACAGAGACCUCUCUCACUGAGAUGUUGAGGAAAUAGCUGGUCAGGCCUUCCCAAGAGUCUGACUCACAGCACUCCACAAAAUCUCAAUCAUGUGAUUUAGCAAGGCAUAAAUAAGCCCGAGGUGGUUUUUUAUAGGCCUAAUUACACCCAGUGAAGCCAUGUCUUUUUGCUUGAGCAGGGAGUUGCUACACUGCAGAGAAGGCAGAGCAGUGCCAGGAGAACAGGAAGGUUCCAGCAGAGCCAUGGAGGUCAUGGGACAAGCAGAGGAGUGUGUGUGCACUUCCAUGGCAUUGCUGCUGGGUUUGCCUGUGACGGUAAGGCCGAUUGAUUCCCCGUUUGCCAUCGCUGCUGACUCAAUAAAUGACAUGAUCCAGA